CAGUUAGAUAGUACUAUUAUUGAAAGUAGUUGCAGGUUAUGUGGAAAGAUUUUGGUGGUACUCGAGCUACUUUAGAGAUGAAUAUUUUCAUUUGAAAUACUGUGUUUUAUGGAGAUCUGAUGGCGAAGUCAUGCUAUGUUUCCCGCGUAAAGUUGUUUACUUAAUUCAAACGUGUUGUGAGAUUAACAGCAAAAAUUAGAGGCAUUGUCAUGACAGUGCCAAUGUGAAUUCAUCCAAGAAAGCUUUAUUGCAACAACUUUAAAUUAUUAGGGGAACUAUUCCGUCACGUUUUUUUUGCGGGAGAUGUGAUCGAUUUCAAGUCACUUUAUGUCGCACCAGAUACCUUUGAAGCGAUCAAAAAGCGAAAGUGAUAAUAAAGAAGACUUCGUGAACCAAACUUUUGACAACAAAUGCAUCCCCAGCACAGGAUUGAAAUUAGCGCAACAUGGAGUCGAAUAUCAGCUGCUUCUACUAAGCUUAUGUUUAUGGCGAGUCAUGGGGAAUAACAUUUCUGACUUUCUCUUAGCAACUGAACUACCCGAAGCAGAGAAGUUUGACGAUGUUGUCAUUAAGUACCAGCACGAUUAUCAAUCGUUACUCCGUUUCCUCCAGGCUAAGCACAAGGAGGCACCGCGUCCAACUGACGCACCUGAUAAGAUCACCCUCGCCGACUUACUCACACCGGACGAAACCAAAGAAUACAGUCUCUUGAAGUAUUUCCGUUCAUUCGUGAAGAUUCAACAAAAGUGUUCUCAAGAUCCAGUUCCUGCUUUUUUAGUAGGAGGGAACAUUCUGGAUUUCAUACUCUUAACAAACAUUGAUCUCGCUGAGGGUUUGAUUGUACAAUAUUUUGAAGUCGAUAAUGUGAAUUGCUUGGAAGACGAUUUAGUAUUCGGAGUUCCAACUCAGCAAGUGAAGAAGCUCAAAAUAAAAGGAUUGGACAAUGAACUGACGUGUGAAUUGGAAGUUCUUCUGUACACUUGCUCGGACUUUGAUGAGUUAAUUGAAAACCUCGCCGACUGUUUACUAUUUCAACAAAGAUUCGACGGGACGUCAUGGAUCUUCAAGGAGUACUAUUAUCCUCUGGUGAAACAUGUGGUCGAAUUCAGAAAGGAACCGAAUCAAGCAACCAGAUAUUAUGGGAAAUUUUGCGAUAACUUCAAAAUUGCUAAUAGCCAACGCCCAGCUGAGAUCAAUGAGUUCAGGGGAGCGUUGACUAAAGAGGUAGCAUUUCGGACAAGCGAUUACAAGGUAAACAUCUUAAGUUCUUCGGGCGGUGGGUUACUAUCGCAAAGUGAUACUAAUAGGAAGAGGAAAAGCAGCACUGACAAUUCUCAAUUAAUAAAAAAACUGCAACAAUUCGCUGAUCAACUAAAGUUCGCACUCUAUCCAGCUAACAGUAUACCUCCAAAUAAACCUGGACUAACACCUGCUCUAUGCAAGGAUGAAAAAUUAUUAAAGGAAGUAAUUGAUGUUAAGGCGCGAAAACUUUGCGAUGAUUUCGUGAAAGGUCAUAAGAAAUUGAGUCAAAAAGCAAAACUGUUCCGGAAGAUUCUCAUUGACAAAGUGAUUGAUGAAAGUAUAGCCGAAAAAGAGUUUGAAAAAGUAUCGGAUUGGAUAUUCCCUACCACUGAGGGAUUCGCUAAUCGAUUCCAGCCCAAGAGCAAUCCUCAAAUGGAAGACUUCGGAUUGUUUACAGAAGAGAUUGUGGAUUUGAUUGAAAAAAGUACAGCCCAUACUAUUGAAAUUACUGAUGUGGUUGGAACUGAUCAGUUCAGAAAAAAUAUUAUAGAAUUAGCCGGUCAUGCUAUUGUGAAGGUCUCCACAUGGUUUGAGUUUAGCGGUAACUUUAUUAGAGGUCGCUCACUAGCAAAGGGUCCCAUGAAAUUCCGGGACGCACUGAGAAAGAGUUUAGGACGAGGAAGGUUCCAUUCCAUCGAUGAGUACCGUUUGAAUAUCAAAUUGAAAGGCUUCACCAGUUGCGAGGAGGCCGUCCUACAUAGAAAUCUUCCCAGUCCAGUAACAAGCGAAUCUAUUGAUGAUUUCUACGAAAGUUUCCGUUUGAUUGUAAACUAUCCAAAUCGCUACGAACUUCGCGAACUGCUUGAAUCUGAGGUGAAGGAUAAAUAUCGAAAUUUAAACAGCAAAGCAUUUGUCGAUUCCUUUGUGCAAGAAAUGAAUCAAUGGAUGGCGCACCGGCUUGGAACUUUCUAUACUCCGAAAAAAGCGAAGACACUGCUGAGGCGAUUAGAUGAGGGCCUAUCCUGUUAUGAGCUAGAUGGAAUAAGUCAGUCUUAUUAUUUGGCUCUACCUAACAAAUAUAAGUUCGAAUGUAACGACUUAAUGGAGUCGCUUUUAGACUUUCUUCGGGAACUUAGCCCUGGUGUACUUUUAUUGAGGAUUGAAAAUUUGACUUUAGGCCGCGUUCGACUCAUGCAGGCUUUUUGGAAUUUGCAAGAAAGGUUUCAAAACAUGCAAAGUACGGAUGGUGAGUUACGGUUUUAUUUUUGCCAAUUUGGUAGCCUGUUUAUGACAAUUGAUCAUCUUUUGGAUGAGUCAUUCUGCAGAAAGCUUAGCAAGAGGAAUGAAGAUAAAAAUCAGUGGAAUCUUAGAGUGGUGGAAUGCUGGACUGAAUGCUUACCUGAAGCUGAGAAAUUAGGGCUAAUGUUAGAUUUACUUUUUGAACGAUCAACCCAAUUCUCGGUUGAAAGGAAAAUUAUUUUCAUUGUGAAGGAAGAUAUGUCAAAAAAACUCGAAUCAGCCCUGGCGUCCUAUUUCAUGCUAGCUAAAAAUACGAAUUUCAAGUUCUCCAGUUGUGCCUUCAAGACAAAUUUCAAGCAACUGCAAAUUUCUUCACAGGAUGAGCUUCUGAAAAAUGGACAAGUCCGGCUUCACGAACGCAACUGCCAAUUAGGGGCCAUAGUUAACCAGGCCAGUGUAGAUCUAAUUGAUGAAGCAACAUUAGCCAAGUUGGUUUCAGAUCGUGAUGGUGACAGCUAUUCAACUUGCAUUGGGAAUGUAACGCAGGACUUCGAACGAACUUAUGAUCCCGAUUACUAUAUGCCGCGUUAUAUAAAGCCAGUCGUUAUCGAAAUUGAUUCUUGUAAAAUACCAGCAGAUACUGAAGAGGACAGCUACUAUCUGCUGAAUAAGGAACGAGAAAAGGGAUCUGAUCUGUUAAUAGUCGCGGAUUCAAGAGGCAAAUUCGAUGAGAUAAGGGCCCGUCUGAUGGAAAGUCAAGACAAUUCUAUCCCGUACUCCAUUCACUGGGUUCAGGAAAUUUAUGGGCCACAAAGUGGAAAAUGGUGGAUGUGGCGCGAUUCUAUCGGAUCAAUUUCCAAUUUGAAGGAAUAUCGAAAAGAGCAGGCAAAAGUCUCCUCUCACAUGGAAGGAGAAUUUUUGGAAUUGGUGAAAGAUAAAAAAGUUGUGAUUUUGCAUGGAAUACCAGGAGCCGGUAAGUCAAUGCUCCUUGCAAAUCUUUUCACUCAGACAAUACAUAUUUCACAGUCUCUCUGGAAAAUUCAUAUCAACCUCAACCUUUACACCGACUUUUUCAAUGAAAGGAGAAAGGGAGCGAAACACCCAACAAAUAUGCCACCAUCUGAGUGUGGCGAGUUUUUGCUGCGAUUACUUCAAUCCAAUGGAGAUUCUGAGUUGAAAACACAAUUUGAAAUAAACUUGUUACGUGGAGUGUUUCGAAGAGAAGGUGCAGGAAAAAUCCAACUGAUGCUGUUCCUGGACGGAUUCGACGAAAUUAGUCCCACUUAUAAGGAAAUAGUUCUGGACUUCCUACAAUCAUCCAAAAACUGUUCGGGUAUUCGUCAAAUAUUCAUCACUACACGUCCCAGUUUCUGUCAAUAUCUUGAGGAAAAUUUACAAACGUUUGGAUUCGAGAUGCGGUAUUUGACUCUAGAUGAGCAAGUUCAAUUGCUUACUCUUUUUAUUAAGAAACGGAAUAUCCACAUGGAGCAAAAGGAAGUGUUUUCAUUGAUCCAGGAUUUAUCACGCGCUUUCAUUGGGAGGGAGAAAUUUACUGCGAUUCCUCUUCACAUUGAAAUGUUUGCUGAAGUAUGCGCUAACAUGAGCCGAGAGCAAAUUAAGAUAUGCUUUAAAAAUUGUGAUCCUUCUACACUAUAUGAGAUGUAUUUUGAAAUGAAAUAUAAGCUAUUCCGUGAGGAAAAGAUGCGUCUCAAUCCGACGAAUGUUUCCGGCAUAGAAGACUACCGGUACGCAUAUCGUGAUUUUUUAAUGAGGCACGAAAAGCUGGCCCUUUGGAUGAUUUAUUCUCGGGAGGAGGUCAUGAAAAUUGUGCGAUCUUUCGAGGAAUAUGAGGAAGAGGUGUUGAGUCUUUUGGAUGACAUUAAAGCGGGCAAGUAUAAAUAUGGAAUCGUGUUUGGCGUUUCCGGUAAAUUGCCGCAGUUUACUCAUCGCACAUUCGCGGAGUAUUUGGUAGCUCACUAUUUUGUUCGGCAAACAACAGGGGUCAGUAGACUAAGGCCAAACACUGUGGACUUUAUCGUGGUUCAAAUGAUCGGAGAUAUUAUUCACCCUUACCGGAUAUUUUUUGACAGUAUGAUGAGCAAAAAGCACUGGAAGCUUGAUAAAGACCAGGACCUUGAAGGUGUAUCAGGUCCGGCGAUCCUGAAUGCCCUCGUUGAAUCUUAUAAAAAGGAGGAGUGGGGGAUUUUCUCAUUUGUGUCGCAGUUUGUCAAAAAUGAUUGUUUCUAUAAAGUUCUUGAUAUCUGUAUGAAAGCCAUAGAAGAGUGCUUCAAUGAUAGAAGCUAUUUCGCACUUUUUGCGUUUUUAGUUAAAUGGAGAACAAAGCUGGUUCGGCUGAGUCCAAAAGGCCGAGCUAUUAUGAAAUUAUUUGAGAAAAAUGAGGUAGUUUGUUGGGAACAAAGAACGGAAUCGGAUUCAGUGUCUUAUUUCUGCAGUUUAUCUAGUGGCGAGGUAAUUAUCAAAACGAUACCCCGAUGGCUGGUGGAGGGUGAAGGCUUCAGCAUGAACUUUGUUGUACCAAAAUGGGGAGUUUCAGGAAGCAAUAGAGAUUUUGUAAUGCAUUGGAAAGAUCCGUCAUUGGCGGUCAGGGACCGUAUGGUAGCUGAUGAGUGGAGGACGUAAAAAUGGAGUAAAUUUCUGACAGACGUAGCGCAAAAUGUCGAUCUCAGCUUUAAUGAAUGUCUAAGAAGAAGAACGUGGUAGUAUUAUGUUAUGUUGGUUAAGAAUAAUUCAUCUACACGUUAAAGAAACAAUGCUUAAUUUGAUUUUAAAAUUGUGAAAGAUUAUGUGGAGGAAAGUUGAAUUUUAUGUUUCCCGGUUAGAAGUAAGACAACCAUGCUUGUUAAUGAAAUGUAUAUACAAUAUUACGCAAUGAACUGUAUGCAUUCAUUAUGCUAAAUAUAUUUUUUUAGUAAAAGUUUAAA